AAGCCAAACAAAACCAAACCAAAAACCAAACCAAACAAACAAACAAAAAAACUUCACUCGGAUCUGAAAGUGGCAGGAAAGUGCCUGGCAAGUUGCAGGGAUGGAGCUACACAGCUUGCAGGAGGCGUUAAAAGUGGAAAUCCAAUGUCACCAGAAACUAGUUGCACAGAUGAAGCAAGAUCCACAGAACGGGGAUCUUAAGAAACAAAUCCAUGAAAGGCAAUCAAGAAUAGCAGCUCUUAAUGAGAAACAAACUUUGGGAACGAUCACUGCAGUGCCCAUUAAGGUUCCUCAGGUCAGCUCCUUGCAGAGGUUGGCAGGACAAGGACCGGCAGUGCUACCUCAGGUUAGGCCAAAGACUCUGAUUCCAGACAGCCUCCCAAUCUCCCCGUGCAGAGACCAGCCUUCCAAGCAGCCUCCCACCUUCCAGAAGGCAACCAUAGUGAGCAUCAAAAACCCUAGCCCUGCCCUCCCGACUGCCAACAACACCGUCAGCCAUGUACAGACCCACAACAGCCAGUCACAAAGUGUCACUGAGCCUGCAGCCCUCUCGUCCCCUCUGAGUGGUGCCGGCGUGGCCUACGCCAUCAUUUCCACCUCCCCCAGCAAUGCAGCUCCGAUCAGCACCAGCGCCGCUGUCUCCGUGGUCAACGACAGCAUCAAAGUGCAGCCGCUUCUCAUCAGUGCCGACAGCAAGGUUAUCAUUAUUCAACCUCAAGUCCAAACCCAGACAGAAAGUAAAGUGGAGACAAAGAAACCUCCUGAAGACUCAGCUCAGGGACUGCCUGCUACCAAAAAGAAAAAGGAGGAAAAUCCAGAGAAAAUUGCCUUCAUGGUAGCACUAGGACUGGUUACAACAGAACAUUUGGAAGAAAUCCAGAGCAAGCGUCAGGAAAGAAAGAGAAGAAGCACAGCAAAUCCAACCUACAGUGGACUCUUGGAAACAGAGCGGAAACGCCUUGCAUCGAAUUAUUUGAAUAACCCCUUGUUCCUUUCAACAAGAGCAAAUGAGGAUUCGUUCUGGAAGAAUGAGAUCCAUCAUGAUGAACACUGCACUGCUUGCAAGUGUGGAGUUAACUUGCAGCCCUGUGGCACAUGUCCCAGAGCAUAUCACCUCAACUGCUUGGACCCACCCCUCAAAACUGCACCCAAAGGGCUCUGGGUCUGCCCAAAGUGCCAACAGAAGGUGUUAAAGAAAGAUGACAAUGUGCCAUGGACUGGAACUCUGGCUAUUGUUCACUCCUACGUUACUCAUAAAACAGUCAAAGAAGAAGAGAAGCGAAAGUUAUUAAAGAGAAGCAGUGAGCUGAAGAGUGAGCAUAGACAGUUAGAAGAAAAAGAUCGACUUCUCAACAGUGCAGUGAAGAAAUGCUUAGAGCUAAAAACCAACCUGAUGGCCCAGCAGAAAGAGACUCAGUCAUCACUGGAACGUCUCAAAACCCUCAUUAGACUGAUACAAAAUGAGCAGAUGAUUCAGGUUACCAUGACAACCACCACCACCACCUCCCUGCUAUCCAUCCCCUGGAUCAAACCCUCUGCUGCCUCUGCUGCCAUGCACAAAGCCUUGCAACCAUCCCAGGGUAACAACUGACAGGAGUCGGCUGAGUGAGGUCUAAGGAAGGGGCGACAGGAAACUUUGUGCACGUGAGCAGAGGAGAGAUGAAACUGGAAUAAAUGACAGAAGGGGCAGUCUCAGUUUUGAUACACUGGCAGAGCAGUCAGCCCAGUUUGUAGGUCACUGUGGCAGCAGGUUCCCACAGAGUGGGUUGUGCUGCAGUUUCGUAUUUGCCAAGACCUUCAGUGCUUAUGACAUUUUGUUUUGUUAUGUUGGCCUUAAUGUGUUUAUGACUGAGGAUGAACAGGAAAAGCAUGGCUGAUAGGAAACAGGAUAGCCUUUUGUGGUGGCACACAGGCUUUCUGUUCUAAGGGGAGAGGAGUUAGUGAGGGAUUAGAGAAGUAGUUGGGCUGAAAGCUAUGUGUGUGGGGGGGAAUCAGUGAGAUAACCAGAAACUGAGCUAUUAGCACUUGAAAUGGAUUGUUUUCAGAGGAACAAGUUUGGCUCCAUUUUUUCAGGUGACUUGGAGAUGGGGUCAUUGUGACCAGAACAGCAUCACGGACACUCACAGAGCCUUGGAAACAAAAUAUCUUUUUUUUCUGUAUUAUUAGACUUGAGAAUUGCAAAUAUUUAAAUAAAGAAACUGUAUGAAGUUAGCAUUUCUAGUAAAAUAUUGAAGUAUUUUCAUGCUGAUGCUUCUGUAUAUGCGUUCCAAAAUAUUUUAAAAAUACGACUGUAAAACUCCUUUUGCAGGUCCUUUUUACUUAUUUUGCUAUCAGUGUAUUUUUCUCAUGGAGUUUUUGUGCAAGGUUUAGCAUCAACCAUAACAGUGGAUUUCUUCGACAGUUUGAGUUUCAUUUUUAAAAAUUAUUAUUUUGUGGUUUUCUGUCUUUUUGUUAAUUUUGGAUUCUUUUUAAAAGAAAAAAGCAAAUAAAUAUUCUGGGUUUUGUUUCUUGUCAGUACAGAUAAUAUGCCAAAAAAUAACUUAACAUUUUUGUACUGCAUUUUUAUUGUUAAAGACAUGUAACUUUUUUGGUUUGGUUUGGUUUGGUUUGUUUUCUUUUGU